ACAUCGUCUUCAUCGCUAAGGGAUGUUCAGAGUUCUCUCACUCUUGGUUGUGUCAGUCCGGCAUUGCUAUUGGGUUUUUGCCACUUUUUUUGGGGGAAAUUUCCAACUCCAAAAUGUAAACUGGGAUUAAAGGUUGUUGUGAGCUGAACGCAGCUGCAGGUCGUCCGUGAGUCCUCCUUCCCUCUCUGUGAGCACACAGCGGGACAGUGCGCUCGGCUGAGCAGCCCUGAAACAAGCAUAGCGUGGAGGAGAGAGCUCAACAAACUGCGAACAAAGGGGACCUGGUAUUUAUUUGUCAACUUUGAAGGGUCUGUACAAACUUUUUUUUUUAUUGGUAUACAAAGUAUAGGAGCUGGUUUUGUUGCAGCAGGCGCAGAGUUAAAAGUUACUUUUCUCAACACGUUUCUCAGUGAUGCACACUUAAUUCCGGCUUUUAUGCAAAUGUUAAGAUAGCGCGCUGAAGUCUGUACCGUCACAUUAAAUACACAGCCUAUGUGAGGUUCGUGGGAAAUGUAGUUUGCCAACUUGGACGAGUGUUUGUAGCCUAUUCCAUAUGGCGGGAUGUCUGGGCGUAAAUCGUCUCGUGUGUAGGCUACAGUUGAAUGGAUACAUUAUAUGGAUGAGAAAACUUCUGGUCACUCUGUGUCAUGUCCUCAUGCGGUUGAUCUCACUCAUUCCUGUGAUUACAUAUAACUGUGUAAACACACUGAUUCACUCCAGUCAUUCAAAUGUGCAUCACGAGCUUCCUGUAACCGCCCUCAGUCUAUCUCCAACUUUGUGGGGGGAAUCAGAGUUCUUCUGUCCGGAGCUAAGAGCGGACCUUAAAGUCACUGGAUUAUUUCUCAGCUGUAGAACAGUGCAUGACUUCAUCCAUCAUUUUAUUCGGCUGGGUGUGGGUGUGUGGAUGGAUGUGUGUGUGUGUGUUUAGGUCACCUCCACUGUGCCACUCUGGUCUGGGCUGAGUGAAAGAGCAACAAGCACCUGCAGGGCACCAUCAGUGGCCCAAACCCCAUUACUGCAGUAUGGGCAACUUUUCCAGCAAGGACGGCCAUGGACCCACAGUGGCCCAUGGGGAAAGUUUCCACACUCCCCCUGCUUCUCCACAGAGUGAUGAGCCUUCUUUCAUACCUGGUGCCCCCCAACUCCAUCACCCUACUUCACCCAAACUACCCGCUGCAGCCCCAACAUCACCUCCACCCCCGGUCCCAGUCCCAGGCCUCACACCUAGCGUGAAGAAAGCACAAUCCAGCACCAGCCCUACAGCUGCCUGUCCUCGCCCUGAGCGGAGGCCUCAACCAUCAGCCGGCUCACAUAGCACCAGCGUCGGCUAUGGAGUUAACCCCGUUCACGACAAUCCGGGAAAUACUGCUUUUAAAAGACAAGCUUCUCUGGGGAGGAAUGGGGGUCCCCCUACCUCCACCCCUCGGACUCCUGUCUCACAAAGUCGGACUGUCACCGUCAGCCCGACAAAGGCCCCCUCGUCUCAGUGCAGUGCCUCACCUUUGGGGGGCAGCUCUUCGGGAAAGAACUGGAGAGGAAGGGACAGUGGCCUGAGUCAGUCUUUACUGCACGCUCAUGAAGCUGCAGACAGCCAAGGGGCUGAGGAACUGAGGAGGCUGCUGGAGGAGUGUAGGACAGCUCUCGGCAUCACUGCAAGUCAGGAUGCAACCAAUAACACAACAGAGAUACUGAAGCAUCUGCUGGCAGAAGUAAAGAGUCUGAAGAGUACAUUUCAGACAGAACGUGGGGAAUGGCUGCAGUUCCAGGCUGACCUACAGGUGGCGGUGUCUGUGGCAGACCGUCUGAGAGCCGAGGCAGAAGAAGAGCUGACUGCGCUCCGAACGGCACACAAGGAUGUGGAGAGGGAGCUGGCAGCUGCCCAGCAGAGACUGAAGGAGGCUGAUGUCCAACUGGUUACCCUGAGAGGGGAGUUAAAGGAGAGCCGGCAGAGUCUGACGUCUCUCACCAAGGGUCUAGGUCAGGAACCAGAGAGGCCCAAUAGACCAACCAAUGAGCCAACACACAGCUCUGAAAGCAAAGAAGGGACCCAGAGGGGCAGGGAGAAGGGGUCGUCCAGAUCGUGUAAAGAAGAGAUGGAAAGUAAGAGUCCCAAUGAGUUGACGAAGAAUAUUGUUAGCGAGGAGGCCAGAAAAGAGUGCAACAAUGUAACCAAGCGUUACCUGAAAAAUGUGACCAAUGAGGAAAAGGCUGACGGAGAGACGCGAUCCAGCGAGACUCGAAGGACGCUGACCUCAGAGAGGUCAAGAAGUCUCUCCAGGUUACCGGCUUCCUCAGACCCCCCCGCCGUGCAGAAUGGAAUCUCCCAGACAAAAACUGCCUCAACGUUUGCACCCUCAAACAAGAACUCCGGGCCUCUGAAAGGCAGAAGAAGUCUGGAUUGGCAAGACAGCAGGUCAAGCACCGACACAGGAAAACGUGAGGAAUCUCUUAACAAGUACAACUCUAGCCUCACAGAGCUGCCUCCCACCAAGUCCCAGGAUGGUUUCAACAUGCUGCUGCGUCGCCAUGGAGGCUCCAAGAGGAACUCGCUGCUGCGCUGGUGUCAGAGCCAAACACAAGGCUACAAGAAUAUUGACAUCACCAACUUCAGCAGCAGCUGGGCAGAUGGUCUGGCCUUCUGUGCCGUUUUUCACACAUACCUCCCCUCACACAUCCCUUACAGCACCCUGACUCCAGAGAACAAGAGGGAGAAUCUCAGUCUGGCAUUCAAAACAGGAGAGAGUGUUGGGAUCACACGGACUCUGACGGUAGAGGAGAUGCUUCGUGUGGGGGGUCCUGACUGGCAGAGGGUCCUGAACUAUGUGGAGAGCAUCUACCGUCACUUUGAGAUGUGACUGCUGGAGGUACAGACUGACAUAGUGGACUCCUAUAGAUGCUUUUCAAAAAAUGAUAUUAAGACUGAUGGAUCCCAGAAAAUCAUGCCAUAAAUAUGUUGGAUGUCGACAAUAUUUUCUAAUUGCCAGGAAAAUUUGUAAAAAGCAAUAAGAAUGAAAAAGGACUCCAGAACCAAAUGAUAUAUGCUCAGACAUAUAUUAGUGAUCAGUGUUUUUUUUCUUCAAAUGUGACUUUACAGAUGUCGUCUGUGGUUAGAAAAACAGUUAAGUGAGUUAUUAACUGUUUAACAAACUUGCAGUAUUGACUUGAUAAGUACUGCCAAUGAGCAAGGAAACACACAUUACAGACAAACCAGCUUUUACUACCUGGAACACUGGCUGCAAAUCUCUCCUUUUUCCUUUUUUUUUUUUAAAGUUUAAGAUGUGUUUUAUUACUUGGUUAAGACAAUGAUAUCUGGAACGAAACAAAAAUAUUCCAAAAUGUAAAUUGGUUGCUGUGGAUAAAAUUUCGUCCCGCUUGGUUUUCUGUCAAACUUCCUCUUAUACAAGCUACGUGCAACCUUUGAGAUUUUGUAUCGUUGUCAUUGGCUACAACAUCAACGUCAUUGGCUAGUGUUAUUUUAAGUGUUGUAAUUUCUCUCAAAAGAUGACUUUCAGUUAAUCAGUUUGAGAUGAAACUGCAAAAAUGAGAACCUGACAAACUGAGAAGGGGAUCAGUCAGCCUUUUUAAAAAAAGUUACAAACAGUAACUUUAAAAAAAACGACUCGUUGACAAUCAUAGUCAUUCGUUAUACUAGAUGCAUGUAAAGGUAGAGUUGCUGUAAAUGUCUUCACACUGGUACACCACUAACAGAGAGAACUCUAUUGCAUCAUGUCCUUUAGUUAAUCUGUCUGAAGUUCUUGAACUGCACAGUUUUCACUGCCAAUCUGUUGUGAACUUAAUUCUUUCUUUAGUGCUCUACUUUUGACUUUUUGCCACUCUGUACAUAUGCACUUUUGUCAGCACUUUGUGAGAACUUUGUAAGAAUGUGAUACUGUACAGAUACCAAUGUUACAAAGGCUAGGUGGGAAUGAAGCUGCAUGCCUUCAAACCAGUCAGAAAAUAUGUUCAGUUAAAAAGUCUGAUUCUAAAACAUGUUAUUGCGGCAAAGAUUAAAACAUUGUGUUCAAUUUGGCGAAAAUGGCUGUGGCUGUACAUCUCAAAUAUCUCGACCUCACAGAUGUUGAAAUGAACUCUCUUUCAGCCCCAUGUCGAGAAUCUGAAUCAUAGGUGUUGUUUUGACAACUUUAAUGCUGAGUUAUUUUUUUGCCAAAGUCCUAUGUGCCAAUUAUUUGGAUCCUCAUGUGUGUGAAAUAAACAACAUUGUACAACAUGUUUAUAUGUAACUAGUGUAAAAGAAUUGAUACCUAAGAAAUAAAGUGUAAAUAUGAAACUAA